UAUUACCCCAGUACGCAAAACAAACACCGGUGAUGGCAUGAAGACUCAUAUCUUUUUGCACGUGACGAGGGCUGUAUUUGACGAUGAUCGAAGUAAGGACAUUGACGAUUCACGGCGCAGACCGACCCAGGGAGGAACCGGCCUGCUCGACUACAUUCACUCCUAUUCGCAGUGAUGAGAGUUAUUUCCCAGUUUCUGUCCCUAGCAACCACAGCACGAUAAGCGGAAAAUCAGAGGAAAGCGCAAGCGUAACCGCAACCACGAGCGCCAGUACUACGACUUUGCCUUCCCGACCAGAACCUUGGAAUACACCACCAGCCAGCCCUUCGGCAAUCCAAAUGGCUCUGGACACACCAAUACCCAAGGAAAUCAACUGCAAAACAUGCGACAGAAUUUUAGCCGCCACAUCCUCUUUGGGCGACCUGGUUCCCGCGGGGACGCAGGCGAACGCUUGCGACACGUGUCGGAAGUUCGAAGAGCUACACGAUGAUAUGCAGACGAAGGACGAGGCUUUCAAGGCGCUGGAGGGCAGACGGUUCGAGCACGGCGGUCGCCAGAAGGCGCUAGAAGAGGCGAAGGCUGCGCACAUUGCUUUCGACAAUUUCCUCAUCCAAGUUGAGGUACUGGUGGCCGACAGCACCACGGAUGAACAGGGAGAAGAACAGAGCGGAGGUCAUGACCCCGAGCACCUUCAGCCAGAGAAUUCUUCCCGCGGCCCAAAACGUCCUCUCGAACCCUCACCAGCUACAACGCCACCGCGCUCUCUCAAACGCCCCCGCCUCGUCGACAACUCCCGCCGCGUCAGCUUCGAGUCCUCCGUCGUGUUCCGGGACGAGACCGAACGCAGACCGGAAAUGGCGUUCAACAGGGCCAGCGAGGAUUACCUACCUGGACGAAACGCACCGCCGGAGGGGACGGAGUAUGUCGAUACGAGUGGGCAUGGCAUAGCGCCGACGAAGUUCUUUGGAGUGAGAAAGCAGGGGAAGAAGUGGGUUGAGACAAAAGAGGGGAGGGAGGAGGACGAACGAUGGAGGAGGGCGAGUGAGAGUGAAGAGGAUAGGGAGGAAGUUGAGGAAGGGGAGACUAUUGAGAGUGUACAACAUGGCGCGAACUCCGGGCAGCCCGAAGGAGCAAAGCGCACUCCAGAAGAAACCCCGACAGAGCAAGAGGAAGUCGGUCACAGCAACAAGAAAGCUGUAGAGCCGCUCAAAGAUGCAGAGCAGCCUAAAGACACCGAGCGCGGUCCUGAAGAGCUACCAUCUGAUGAAGGAGCGCACCACGGCAAUUCCGACACGGCCGCCGGCAAGCUCAAUGGAACAGAAACGGACGCCAAAGACAAGGAGGGAAAUCAAGCGCCGCAAGCUCAGGACCGGGGGAAGACUGGAGCUCUCAAAGAAACGACCACGGAACAGAGCAUGGAUGCACUUCCGGACAGGACUGGAGCUGUUGAAGCAAUUGUACGAGAGGAAGCUGACGAACAGUCUGGUGCUAAGGCAUGAAGCGGAUAUGUAUACGUCUCUGCGCUUCCAUUCUUCUCCGCAAAAAUGCGAGCUGAGAUUUUCAAUUUUGUUUCGAUACCCCUUUCGCGAGGCCAGUAGGUUCUCGGCGCGAAUUCAUAGUAGCAAUACAAAGCCAUGUA